AUGCUCUCCAUUCCGAUCUCUUCAGGUCCGUCCCCUGAUCUUCUCGUUCUCGUUCUCCGUCCACCUUGUCAACACGAUGUACAAAUACGUAAACCCGCGAGACAUAAUCUACGAUUGAACUUUGAACCUCCUUCUACCUCCAUCGUUUGUCGAACGUCCCCAGAUCCCGGAUGCAAGCACUGCUACGUUGUCCUCGAACCUAGAGGGACUCGAGCCGCAAUUGGUGAUGAUCCCAGCGCUGCCGUGCCUGACUUUGACGAUGAUCCCGUUUUGAAUGCCGAUUUCAAAAGGUCCACUCCUGCAAGUACCUCACUGGUUGCCAGCUCCCGCGUUGCACGGAAUGACCUUGACCUCGACGUCGACCUCGAACUUGACCUCUCAUCCAACCUGCCCCCUCCUCCUACGAUGCCUACCAGACCUGCUGACGAUAUCACGAAGCCAGGAAUAGCUCCUAGUAGCACUAUCUCAGUAAUCGAUUUGAUCACAUCCACUGGUAGCCUCACAUCACUUUGCUCAGAAGCACCCACGGACAUGAAGACCGGAGUUCACCACCUGGAUGACUACGGCUUCGAUUGGGUCUUCGAUUGCCGCCUCGGCGUACCUGGACGUGGUUCCCUAGUUCGCUCGACUCGACAAGGCAGAAGAAGACGGCUCACAGCUCGAAUGGAGAUCAAGCAAGAUCUUCAGCCGUGA